AUGGUGUCUGUUCAAGAUUUCAACAGAAUAGAUGAAGAGAAUUGUAGUAUUGUGCAGCAAUUCACCAAUCUCUUCUAUGGAGGAAUGGAUCGUAAAAGAGAGACUCUGGGCUUGUUCUAUGUAGAUGAAAGCCCUUCUUUUGUAUGGAAUGGUAACACUUGUGAAGGAAUCGACGAUAUUUUGAGAUUUACCACUACUAUUCCUGAAACUCAACAUGUUGUUCAAUCAAUUGAUGUUCAACGGAUUCCUGACUCUCAUUCUGGUAUGGAUUGCUGUCUGAUAACACAUGUAGGAGGAUCAGUUACGGUCGGAGGAGAAGUACAUGCAUUCACUCAAACAUUCACUUUGAGUAAAGAAGGAGGAAAGCACAAGAUAAAGAGUAAUCGUUUCCGAUAUUGCGAUUGA